CAUAUCUCAGAAAGAGGCUGUAUGAAAAUGGCGACUUCUAUCCGUACAUGUGUUCUUCCGCCGUUCUACCGUUGUUUAACAAUGAGAAAAUUAUCAACCUGUGUGCGUCCUCUACGAACUGUUGCCCUGCACACGAAGGCCACUAGGUCUCACUCUGUCGCUGAAGUUUACCGGUCCAUCAACUGUUCAGCCAAAGACCAGGCUUUAAGACCAUCAAGAUUCCUUACAAGGAAUUUCUCCAGCCCAUUGCAAAGUAUAUGUUCCAGCCGUUAUUUGAGCUCAUCUGCUCAAGAAUCAGUCGAUGACAGCAGUAGCACCGAGGAUGAUUACCAUUCCAUCAUAAAAAGCGAUGAAUGUGCAAAAGGUUCCGGUGACAAACAUGAGUUCCAGGCAGAAACCAGGAAGUUGUUGGACAUUGUGGCAAAAUCCCUGUAUUCACAGAAAGAGGUAUUCAUCCGAGAGUUAAUCUCCAAUGCCAGUGAUGCUCUGGAGAAGUUGCGCUACCACCAAUUGUCCACCGACACCAUCCAGGACAAAGAACUGCCCCUCGAGAUCCACAUUGCUGUUAAUGAAACUGAUAGAACAUUUACCAUUCAGGAUACCGGAAUAGGAAUGAAUAAGGAUGAGAUCAUUGAAAAUCUAGGAACUAUUGCCAGAUCUGGUUCCACUGAGUUCCUGAAACAAAUGCAAGAACAGCCGGGCAGUGAAAUUGGCAGCAGCAUUAUCGGUCAGUUUGGUGUUGGCUUCUACUCUACCUUCAUGGUGGGCAACAAUGUCGAGGUGUACACCCAGUCCUACGUACCCGGAACGCCAGCCUACAAGUGGUCAUCUGAUGGCUCCGGAACUUAUGACAUCACCGAAGCCGAAAACGUCCAACGAGGAACCAAAAUCAUUGUCCAUCUGAAAGGAGACAGCUACGACUUUGCACGCGAGGAAGUCAUUCAAGCUAUUGUUAAAAAAUACAGCAAUUUUGUGGGAGUCCCAAUAUAUCUGAAUGGUAAAAGAGCCAACAUGAUCCAGGCUCUCUGGUUGAUGGACAAUAAAGACAUCACAGCAGACAUGCAUGAAGAGUUCUACCGAUUCAUCAGUGGCACCUUCGAUAAACCACGCUUCAACUUCCUCUACAAGACUGAUGCUCCCGUCAAUAUCCGUGCCCUCUUCUAUGUUCCAGAAUACAAACCAACAUUAUUUGACAUGAGCCGAGAGACCGAUGUCAGUCUGACACUCUACAGCCGUAAAGUGAUGGUCAUGCCAAAGGCCAACUACAUCCUGCCCAAGUGGCUCCGCUUCGUGAAAGGUGUGGUCGACAGUGAGGACAUUCCUCUGAACUUAAGUCGAGAACUUCUCCAGGACAGUGCCCUGAUCAGGAAGCUGCGUACUGUCCUCACCAACCGAAUUCUGAAAUUCUUCAUUGAGAAAUCCAAGAAAGAUGUUGAAACUUACAUGCGUUUCUACGAAGACUACGGACUGUUCUUCCGUGAAGGAAUUGUCACAACGACCGAACAAGAACAAAGAGAAGAAAUUGCAAAGCUGUUGCGUUUUGAGUCUUCGAAAUGCGCUGCCGGAGAUAAAGUCAGUCUGGAUGAAUACGCAAGUCGAAUGAAAGCUGGUUCCCGGAAUAUAUAUUACUUGUCAGCCCCCAGCCGAGAAUUGGCCAUGACCUCCCCUUACUUUGAAGCUCUUCAAAAGAAAGACACAGAAGUUCUCUUCCUCUACGAACCCUACGAUGAACUGGUCCUCAUGAACCUCGGCCAGUUUGACCGCAAGAACCUGAAGUCUGUUGAAAACGAGAUCCAGGAUGACAAGGAAGACACGGACGCUGUAGACGAAAGCGAUAGCAGCAGUCUGCGACAAGAGGAAGCAACAGAUUUGGUUACCUGGAUCAAAGCAACCUUAACGAAUAAAGUGAACAAUGUCAAGGUGACUAAAAGAUUGGUAUCACAUCCAUGUAUUGUAACUGUAGUGGAAAUGGGUUCAGCCCGACAUUUCCUUCGCACCACACUUGCAGACAAAUCACCAGAAGAACGCUACCGACUCCUGCAACCAACAUUAGAAAUAAAUGCCAGCCACCCACUAAUUAAGCACUUGUUUAGCUUAAAAACCCAAAAUCCAGAACUGGCAGACCUGCUUAUUCAUCAACUGUACGACAACGCAAUGAUCAAUGCCGGACUGACGGACGACCCGAGAGCCAUGGUAGGGAGACUGAACAAACUUUUGAUCAAAGCCCUGGAAAACAAGUGAGCCAGUGGGCCGUGCGGAAACACCUGCCCUACAAACGUGCACCUACUGUGUACCCACUGUGCACCAACAAUGCAGCAUUCAGUCAUCUGAUUAAUCACCAAUUCAUUCUUCCUGGCUUCCCAUUUAGUAAGAGGAAACAUUUACCAACUGCUGGCAGACUAGACUACUUCGUAAUCUUUACCUUCUCCCUGUGUCUUUCUCUUUCUAUCUAUCUCUGUUCCACUCUCUCUCUCUCUCACCUCUGUUCCUCUAUCUCCCUUUCUGUCAAAUUCUGUUCCUCUAUCUCUCUCUCUUGUCCCUUCUCGGCACCAUUUUUCAAUCCUCUCCUUGUCCCCCAGCAGCGAUUAAUCUACCUGUUGGAUAAGUAAGAUAUCAUGUGAUGAACUUACAAUAAAGAAGAAAAAACAAUAAACAAAGGCCAUUUGACUAUUUGGAGUUCAUUUGUGACACUUAGCUUAAGAUAAUGAGAACAAACAACAAGACUGAACUUCAUGUUGUGAAUCUCACUACUUAAACGCACACACACACAUACAUACACUAUACAUAUAUAUGUGUGUGUGUGUGUGUGUGUGUGUAGUAUAGUCAUAAUGUUUUGUUGCUUUGUACUCAUCAGAGGAUUGUCUUUUUUUUCUUGGUCUGGUCUGAUCAAAGACUGUCUCAAGUGCCAUACUGUACAGGCAGCAUUCAGUUCAAUGAGAUUGUGUGAAGUGCUGUUUGUACACCAUACACCAUACAAAUUGCUCUGUGUACACACUUGUUAAGUAAAUAAAACUACAAAUAACUCAAGUUCAAAUCACA